GUAAAAUUUGUCCCCGCGAGGGCAGCGUGCAGCAUUCUGUAACGUCACGGCAGGGAGGAGAACACCCAGUGUUGCAUCCUCAGCUGUGGUCAGAGAGAGAUGGAUUGCGGGGACACAGGAGUCUGACCUUGCAAUGUGGCGCAGGGCAUGGCGAGCCUGGCUAUAUAAUGGAGAGUUUCUGAAGCAGCGUCAGUCCUCUCCGACACUCGCCUCCACCACUACCAAGAUGAACGGUCUCCUCGCCAGCGCCCUCCUCGUGGCCUCCACCCUAGUCGCCGUCACCGACUCCUUCAUCGUAAUCACGGGCGUCACAGUGGGUGCAGCAGGUCUUGCUGCCGGAGCUCUUGCCGUGGGCGGCCUGGCCCUUGGGGCAAAGUUGCUUGCCCUUAAGGCCAAGCGCCGUGGCAAGCGCCAGGCUCCCGAGUGCGUUUCCUUCGACAACCCUGAAAUGUACUUCGCUCUGGCCGCCAACGGAGACUUCCUGGACUGCGGGCGCCGCUUCGUGUGUGAGCUGGAGGCCACGCAGGAGGAGAACCUGGCCAGCGAGGAGCUGCUCAUCCGUAACCUGUUCGGACGAGGCUUCAUCUCCGUCAACGGCAGCGCCGGCAACUACUACGCCGAGGCCGCAGGAAUUGGGGCUACCGGCGGUGUGGGCGCCUGUAUUGACACCUUCUCCAAGUGCCCCUACGACCGCAAGACUCUCUUCCUGGCGUUCCAGGAGGCGCAGACAACCCAGUGAGGCUCUCUCUUCUAUAGACCUCCAAGUGUCUAAAGAAAACUCCGGUGAUGGGUUGCACGUAGACCCCGAGGACUGGUAGUGCGGCAGCCUGGCCGGGGACACCUUGCUCAACACACACACACACACACACACACACACACACACACACACACACACACACUUUCUCUCUCUCUCUCUCUCUCUCUCUCUCUCUCUCUCUCUCUCUCUCUCUCUCUCUCUCUCUCUCUCUCUCUCUCUCUCUCUGUUCUGCUAUAUCCCUUAAUACAAAGGGAGAAGAGCAGUUUGGAUCAACACGACCAUUACAACAAUCCUUCCCACGCUUUACUACCUUCACACAAAAGAGCAGAGAUUCAGUUCUUUCUUUAGCAAAAAUAAAAAGAAAAGUAAUUAAAAAA